GUGCUCGCGCGUUAGUUUAAGAGCGCGCGCGGGCGGCAGCUCCGAGAUCAUUUCAUUUCCUUUCGCUCUCGGUGGAUCUCAUAGUGAUGUCCACAACCUAACAUCUGCUCAGCUUCUGCAUUUCAUCUUUCGGACUCUGCUUCUCCAGAGUGAUCCAACUGUGGGUCCGACUGAGUGAACUCCUCUCAUAAUCAUCAUCCUCCUCCUCAUCCUCCUCCUCCUCAUCCUCCUCCUCAUCAUCAUCCUCACUCUCCUCCUCAUUCUGGUCCUCAGUGUGGCAGCGGGCAUGAAGCCCUGAUGAAACUCCGCUGAUAUGGGAGUAGGACAGAGCGCAGAGGAAGUUUCAGACUGACGGAAUGGAUGCAGAAGUUCAGCUUGCAGGUUAAGCUGCUGGAUGGAGUCCAGGUUCGAGCUCGAAGCGCCCGUAUGGGAUACAAAGGUUCUUCGAGUCGUAGAUGAAUGCUUGCUGUGAAACCCGAACGUGACAUGGCGUCCUACUAUCUACUAUCCCCAUUGUUACAUUUCAGACCGAAGCAUAGUCGGACCAGCCGGCAUUCACGUACGUGGCCAUGGCUCCUGUGGAUCCUCUGUGUGUGGCUCGGCCCGGCGUUAGCGGCGCAUCAGCACUCACACCCGCAUUCCAUCAAAAUUCCUGGAGACAUCACACUUGGUGGGCUCUUUCCCGUGCACUCCAAAGGGCCGCUGGGUCAAGCGUGUGGAGAGAUUAAAAAGGAGAAAGGAAUCCAUCGUAUGGAAGCCAUGCUGUACGCGCUGGACCAAAUCAAUAGCGACCCGGAGCUGCUGCCCAACAUCACACUAGGUGUCCGGAUCCUGGACACGUGCUCACGGGACACGUAUGCGCUGGAGCAGUCGCUCACGUUUGUCCAGGCGCUUAUUCAGAAAGAUACGUCUGAUAUCCGGUGUUCCAAUGGCGAGCAACCGAUCAUACGCAAGCCGGAGCGUGUGGUAGGUGUGAUCGGGGCAUCGGCCAGUUCGGUCUCCAUCAUGGUGGCCAACGUCCUUCGACUCUUUGAGAUCCCUCAGAUCAGCUACGCCUCCACAGCACCUGAGCUCAGCGACAACAACCGCUACGACUUCUUCUCCCGGGUGGUUCCCCCGGACUCGUACCAGGCCCAGGCCAUGGUGGACAUCGUGAAGGCGCUCGGUUGGAAUUACGUCUCCACGCUGGCCUCCGAGGGCAACUACGGAGAGAGCGGCGUGGAUGCGUUCGUUCAGAUCUCUCGAGAGGCAGGAGGUCUGUGCAUUGCUCAGUCUAUGAAGAUUCCCCGAGACCCCAAACCCGGAGAGUUUGACAAGAUCAUUAGGAGACUAAUGGAAACCCCAAACGCUCGAGGGAUCAUCAUCUUCGCCAACGAGGAUGACAUCAAGAAAGUACUAGAAGCAGCCAAAAGGGCAAACCUGACCGGCCACUUUAAGUUCAUGGGGUCGGACAGCUGGGGAGCAAAGAGCGCCCCCAUCCUGGACAACGAGGAAGUGGCCGAGGGAGCCGUCACUAUCCUGCCCAAAAGAGCCUCCGUAGAAGGGUUCGAUCAGUACUUCACAUCUCGCUCUCUGGAAAACAACCGCAGAAAUAUCUGGUUCGCUGAGUUCUGGGAGGACGACUUCAGGUGCAAGUUGACACGUCCGGGAAUCAAGCUCGACCCAGGGAAGAAGAAAUGCACAGGUAAAGAGAGGAUCAGCCGGGACUCGGUGUAUGAGCAGGAGGGGAAGGUGCAGUUUGUGAUUGAUGCCGUUUAUGCCAUGGCUCACGCUUUACACAACAUGCACCAGGACUUGUGUCCGGGGGCCACGGGGCUCUGUGCUAAGAUGGACCCUGUAGAGGGACGUCUACUUCUCAGUUACAUCCGUGCUGUCAACUUUAACGGCAGCGCAGGCACUGGCGUCCUUUUCAAUGAGAAUGGCGACGCGCCGGGCCGCUACGACAUCUUUCAGUAUCAGUUCAGCAACACGAGCAGCCCGGGAUACAAAGUCAUCGGCCAGUGGACAAACCACCUCCGAAUCAACGUGGAGGAGAUGCAGUGGUCCGGAGGCGAGCAUUACAUCCCCCCCUCUGUGUGUAGUUUCCCGUGCCGGCCAGGCGAGAGGAAGAAGAUGGUGAAAGGCGUACCGUGCUGCUGGCACUGUGAGUUCUGCGACGGCUACCAGUACCAGGUGGGCGAACUGGCGUGUCAAAUGUGUCCGUUUAACAUGAGACCCACGGCGAACCACACCACCUGCAUCCCCACCCCCAUCAUCAAGCUGGACUGGCACUCACCGUGGGCCAUCGUCCCCAUGUUCGUGGCUAUCCUGGGCAUCGUGGCCACUCUGUCCGUUGUGAUCGUCUUCGUGCGCUUCAACGACACGCCCAUCGUGCGAGCGUCGGGGCGCGAGCUGAGCUACGUGCUGCUCACCGGCAUCUUCCUGAUCUACCUCAUCACGUUCCUGAUGAUCGCCAAGCCGAACACGCCGGUAUGCGCUUUACGCAGGCUGCUUCUCGGCCUGGGUAUGAGCAUCACCUACUCGGCCAUGCUGACCAAAACAAACCGCAUCUACCGCAUCUUUGAGCAGGGCAAGAAGUCGGUAACGCCGCCGAGGUUCAUCAGCCCGACUUCGCAACUCGUCAUUACCUUCAUCCUCGUCUCCUUCCAGGUGCUCGGAGUGUUUAUCUGGUUUGGUGUGAUUCCACCUCACACCAUUGUGGACUACGAGGAGCUGCGUCCACCCAACCCCGAGCUGGCACGCGGCAUCCUGAAGUGUGACAUGUCCGACCUGUCGCUGAUCUGCUGCCUGAGCUACAGCAUUCUCCUCAUGGUGACGUGCACCGUUUAUGCCGUCAAAAGCCGAGGCGUCCCCGAGACCUUUAACGAAGCCAAGCCCAUCGGCUUCACCAUGUACACAACCUGCAUCAUCUGGCUGGCCUUCGUGCCCAUCUUCUUCGGCACAGCUCAAUCCACGGAGAAGAUGUACAUCCAGACGACCACGCUGACCGUGUCGAUGAGCCUGAGUGCCUCGGUGUCCCUGGGCAUGCUCUACCUCCCCAAAGUGUACAUCAUCAUCUUUCACCCCGAGCAGAACGUUCAGAAACGCAAGCGCAGCUUUAAGGCUGUGGUUCAGGCGGCCACCAUGUCCACUCGUCUGUCACACACCAACAGCGAAAAGCACAACGGCGAGACCAAGAUGGAACCGGACAGGACGCAGUAGCAGGUGGCCCGGAGCGACACACUCCGCUAAUCCACUCCGAAGAAAAACGUGGGAGGGAGAAAAAAUAAACGCAGGACCGCGUUCGGUCGAUUUCCACACGAGGACGGAUAUAAGGAGGACCCACGGGCAGGAACGUCAAAAAAACGACGCAAACGUGGAUCGGAAAAAAGAAAAGUUGUAAAAAA